AUGCUGUGGGUGGCUGUCUCCCUCAAGAACAGAGUCUUCACGUUCAUGAUAGUGGCUAUCCAUCACCAAGUGCGUCUUGGAAGGGAGGCAAAGUACCUCAUUCUGCAUAAUGCCAGGGCUCACACUACUGCGAGUCCUCGUACUCUGUACAAGUACGCAUCUUCAGUCCUCGGGGUUGAUGCCGACACACCCCCCGGGGCCCAGCAAUGGCACACCUUGGAACCUCAAUCCCGAGGUCUUCUCGUGAACCCCCCGGUCUCAUUGCCCGCUCUCGGAGCAAAGCUUUGCACCAUCUCAAUCGCCCGACUCAUGUUUUCUUGGUGA